GGAGCAAGAGGAGCAGGCGGGCGGGGGGCAAGGUGGCCCCCUGGGCAUCACUGCAUGUGGGGCAGGUGCUAAGCUGCUUCGCCCUCCCCCAUGCUAUCCGUUUCACGCGUCCGUUCUCUCCCAUGCUCCUCUCCCUCACACCAGGGAGCAAGAGGAGCAGGCAGGGGGCAAGGUGACCCCCUGGACAUCGCUGCACGUGGGUCAGGUGUUGCGCUGCUACGCCCUGCCCUCUGCUGACGCCGCCCACCCGGCCUUCUCCCUGCACUCGACCUCAACGCCCUUCAGCAACCACGGGUAA